CGGGUAAAAGGAGCGGGUGGGAACACGGGCAUCAAACGCCACGACAGAUCUUUCGGUUUUGUAAAUUUUUUUUUGUAUAUAAAACCCAAAGGAAAGCCAAUUGGAUUUCGGGGGUUCGUCUAUAGGUUUGCCAUUUAAAUCACAGAGACGGAAAGGCAGAGAAACUUAUCAGAAAAAGAGAGAUUUGAAACUAGAGGAGGUCCGGCGAGUCACCGCCGGCCAUCCACCUACCUCUCUCCUUCAAUCGCCUGCUCUGAUUUCCUUGGCCAUUGUGAGGGCUACGAAGAACACCAACGAAGAGGAAGAAGGAAUCUCUCGUUACUCAUUAUUCAUUUUCCCUCCUCCGCCUCCUUCUUCUGCUCUGCUUUCCUUCUGUCUGUGGUCUUUGUUUCUGGGCUCAUCUGGUUGAAGAAACCGUCGCGUUUUUUCCACAUCCAGCUGUGAUUGCUUUCCUUAAUCCCCGGCGCCGUCAAGCUGAAACCCAUUUCUACAAUCCGACGACGAUGGGAAAAAUGUCCGAUUCAAUAGCCGACGAGCCAAACCCAUCGGCCAGAGAAACCUGUCCGGUACCACCGCCGUUCCCCCCUCCGCCGUCAACCAGCUACUGCCGUCCAAAAACCGGCCCGGCGCCGGAAGCGUCAUUCGCUACCCACGUCCCUGUUUCGAGAGCAACGAGAGAUAUAUGGGAGCGCCUCUUUGACGAAGGUUACAGAUCAGACGUGCAAAUCCUCACCAGCAAUGACGUUCCCAUCUUCGCUCACGCCAACGUUCUCGGAAUGGCUUCUCCGGUGCUAAGAGGGAUGUUAAAGCAGGCGAAAACCCGCAGCGACGGCCGGAAAUCAAUCUCCGUCAAGGGCGUCCCACAUGACGCCGUUCGUGCCUUCAUCCGGUUCCUCUACUCUUCCUGUUACGAGAAGGAAGAGAUGGAGGAAUUCGUGGUGCAUCUGCUGGUUCUUUCCCACGUAUUCGUGGUGCCGGAGCUGAAGCAGAUCUGCAUCGAGAGCCUGGAGAGAGGGUUCUUGACGACGGAGAACGUGGUGGACAUCUUGCAGCUGGCUUUACUGUGCGACGCGCCGAGGCUGAGCCUGUUUUGCCAUAGAAUGAUCAUAAAAGGGUUCAGGGAGAUCUCAGGGACAGAGGGAUGGCGGGCCAUGAAGCAGAGCCAUCCGGUCCUGGAGAAAGAGCUUCUGGAGUCCAUGGUCGAAGAAGACAAUGUAAGAUCAGCAGACCAACUCCCGUUUCUCUUGCAUUUCCUAAUCAACGACCGCUGAAACACCCUCCAAACGAAAUGCUCUUUAUUUAGUCUCUAAUUCUAUACACACAUUUGUACAUGAUACUUUGUAUGUAGUGUAGUAUUGCUUGGAAUAACAAGUUUUUUCUUCUUCUUCUUUUGGGUGUGAUAUGGGCAUUGUUCCGAUUGUGAUUUCUUUUUUGGGUAUUUGGUUGAAUGUUUUGUUACAACAGAGGGAGAAGGAAAGGGUGAGGAGGGGGAAAGAGAGGAAGAUAUAUCUGCAACUGUACGAGGCGAUGGAGGCUUUGGUGCACAUAUGCAGGGAUGGGUGCAGGACGAUCGGGCCGCACGACAGGGAUUUGGAGAAGAACCAGCAGCCGUGCAGCUACGGGGCGUGCAGAGGGCUGGAGCAGCUGGUUCGACAUUUCGCGGGGUGCAAGCUGAGGGUUCCAGGCGGGUGCAGCCAUUGCAAGAGGAUGUGGCAGUUGCUUGAGCUCCACUCCCGCCUCUGCGCCGAUUCCUCGCUCUGCCGGGUUCCUUUGUGCAGGUACUUACUAUUGUUUCAUGUGUGUGUGGAUAUAAUUUUGGUAAGGAGCUGGUGGGCUGAAAUGGAAAAGGGUUGUAAUGUUGUUGUUGUUGUUGCAGGAAUUUCAAGGAGAGGAUGAGGAAGCAAAGCAAGAAGGACGAGACUAGGUGGAGAAUACUAGUGAAGAACAUACUUAGAGCCAAGGCAAUUGGAGGAUCCCCUUUCUUUUUGUCACUCCUGGUUUCCUCCUCCUCCUCCUCCAAAUUCUGACCAAGAAUGAAGAAUAGCAAACACCAAGCUGAGCCCCCCCAAAACGAAUCAAAAACCAAAUCAAAGUGUUGCAUUGCACCAAAUUGUAAAUGUGGUGUGAGUUGUGAACCAACCCCUCCAUCUCUUUGUCCUGUUUGUUUGUAGCAGUAGAAGAAUGGACCUGAAACUCUGUUGUCCCAUUCAGCAAAACAAAACAAAACAAACCAAAAAAAGGGUAAAAAAAUCAAAAUUGUUGAUUUAUUGAUUGUUUACGAAAUAUCUUGGGCAGGGUUGGUUGAUCAACUUGUGUUGAAAGAACAGAUUGAAAAAGAUGUUUUUGACGGAAAUAAUGAAAUUGGAGGGUGAUGGGUUUCGACUUUGGAUACCCUUUGAUAUGGAUGGGGUGCAUGCUGAUUAA